AAAACUAUUAUACAAAGAUCAUAACUCCCGUUACAAUCCAUAUUUAUGUUCUUUCGAACAACGCUAAUUGAAAAGUCAACGCAGACUUUUAUUGUUGAUAUCGAGAUACUUGAAAAAAUAAAAAUCCUUCAUCGACAUCCUAUAUUUUAAUUAACAUUGAUCGGAACAUCAUAAUUUUUUACCUAUAGAGGUCAUUUAUUAACGAUAGGUUAAUCUAAAUUACUUUUGUUCGAAUAGUUACCAAAGUUCAAAUAUUUUAAUUGGUUUAAUUACAUCGUAAAGCAAGAAGAUGCUCGUUGAGAAGAGAGAGAAACGAUACUAGUGACUUUCUGGAGAUGUUUUGCAGCAAAAAGAAAUUAAUGCGACCAGGUGAUAUAUACAUUCUCUUUUGAGGUUAUAGGACGAUCCAUACAUAUUUUACCGAAUGCUUCUAAUGGUAAUCCCCAAUUUCAAACAUUUUAACCGGAUCUUCGUAAAUCAAUUCUGGCAAUUCUCUUGUAUCCCUGGCUGACUUCCUAUCCUUUUUCUUGACCGUGGAUCUCGAAUGUUACAGAUUGUUCGAGAUGGACGUAAUAGCGUACAACCAUCGCGAGAUCGCGAGCAUCGCGAGCAGCAUCGAUGGAGGUGACAUCGAGGGCCAGUACGAGCCCGAUGUGGAGGAAAUACUGCCCUACAUCGACAUCGACCGCAAUUACUUAACCAUCGAUCAGCUAACCGACUUGGACGAUGAGAAAGGGUCGAUGCCCUUCAGGAGGAGCCUUUUCCCCAACGUGGGGCCCUACAUCUCCUUCCAAUCCUUCGACGUCAAGGGCCCCAUAGUGCCCUACGAAGUAACCAGACACAUGAAGUGGCGUCUGAGCACUAUCACUCCCUUAAUCGUGCGACGCACCCUGGUGAACUCUGGCUUUCGUCUGAUGAAAAAGUCCCAGGAGUGGUGCGGCACUUGGGGCAAGCACAUGAAGUCUGCCUGCUUCAAGACCCUGAAGGAGUCGCAAAAGGUGAACCAUUUCCCUGGAACCUUCCAAAUAGGCAGGAAGGACCGCCUCUGGCGCAAUCUCAGCAGAAUGAUGGCGAAGCAUGGGAAAAUCGAGUUUGGUUUCGUUCCAAGGACUUACAUACUACCUCAGGACCUUCGUUGCUUCAGGCAGGUCUGGGAGAAGUCUGGCAACAAGGAGAAAUGGAUCAUAAAGCCGCCAGCGUCUGCUAGGGGAACUGGGAUCAAGGUGGUGCAUCGCUGGUCGCAAAUACCAAAGAAACGUGCUGUGGUCGUCCAACAGUACCUGUCAAAACCAAAACUUAUCAGCGGGGCAAAGUUCGACCUGCGUCUCUACGUCCUCGUUACGAGCUUCAAUCCCUUGAGGAUAUACAUAUACCCCGAUGGGCUCGUUCGAUUCGCCUCUGUCAAGUACACAGACGACAUAAACUACCUCAGCGACCGUUUUAUGCACCUGACUAAUUACAGCAUUAACAAAACCAGUGCCACGUAUACCAGCAACGACUGUGUGGACUCCUGUUCGGGCCACAAGUGGACCCUGAAAACGUUGUGGUCGUACCUCGAGAGGGAACACGUGAACGUAUCUAAACUGUGGGCGUCCAUGAAGGACAUAGUGGUUAAGACGAUGAUCGCAGGUGAAUCGUCCAUAAAUACUCUAUCGAGGACAAACAUAUCGUCUAGGUACUGUUGCUACGAGCUGUUUGGAGUGGAUAUUCUCCUCGAUGAGAAUCUGAAGCCUUGGUUGCUAGAGGUAAACAUCUCGCCAUCGUUGCAGUCGUCCUCGCCCCUGGACAUCGCUGUGAAAGGGCCACUAAUUAAGAACGUGUUUAACAUAGCUGGAUAUCAACUGCCACAUACACUUUCCACCGAAGAAGAGGAGAAGCUGGCGAGGAAGUACCAAUUGGACGUGGUGUGUCAGGACUUUAGGCUGCACAGGGCUGAUCUCAGUUACCAGGAACGACACAAGCAAUCCUUGUACGCUAAUGUAAGAAACAGAGAAGAUUAUCUGGACGAUAUAAUUAAGGAUCUCACUCCCGACGACGUUAGACACUUGAUUAUGUACGAGGACGAGCUAACGCAGCUCGACAAGUUCGAGCAAAUAUUCCCUACGAUCGACAGCUACGAAUACCUGCAGUAUUUCGACGUUCCAAGGUAUUACAACAUGCUGUUCGACGCUUGGGAAGUGAAGUACGGUGAUAAUCGUGAGAAGGGCAUAUCGAGAUUGCAGAAGCUCUGCGAAACAAAGUAUCAUCUGGAGCAGCAGCUGGAUUCCUAGGGCGAAUUAAAUAUGUAAAAUUGUGUCGUUAACGUCUUCCACUUUAUCGAGACAAGUGACUAUUAGUGCGAAGACUUUUCCUUUUAUAUAUAUAUAUAUAUGCUAUACACCACCUUGUUAUACAUGAAUCGUCAUGGUACUAUUGUACCGUGGAAACGAACGCGUCAUGUGCCUUUUACACGGUUGUGCAACAUUUGUUUCGAUGUAUUAAACUCUUGUCUAAAUAAAUCAUUUUACAAGAAACAACGGAAUCCACGUAUGCAGGAUGUUCCAGAAUUAUUGUGAGAACCGGAAAGAGGGGUAGCUGAGACGAUAUUGCUUUUUUUAAUUAUCAAUGGAAAACGAAGCAGAAUAAUUAUUAUAGAUCAUAACUUGUUACGUUUAAGAAACGAUACGACAGCAUUUUUUUUUUUCAGACCGAUCGCGACACGAAACAUUAAUAAAUGAAUUAUUUUAACCCUA